AUGUUAAGACAGGAUAAUAAAAAGUCAAAUUAGAUGGUCAUUCAUCAGAUGUAAGAACAAUUUGUUACUCUCCUGAUGGUACUACAUUAGCAUCUGGUAGUGGAGAUAAGUCUAUCCGUUUAUGGGAUGUUAAGUCAGGAUAAUAAAAAGCCAAAUUAGAUGGUCAUUCAUCAGAUGUAAAACAAUUUGUUACUCUCCUGAUGGAACUACAUUAGCAUCUGGUAGUGGAGAUAAGUCUAUCCGUUUAUGGGAUGUUAAGUCAGGAUAAUAAAAAGCCAAAUUAGAUGGUCAUUCAUGUGCAGUUAAUUCAAUUUGUUACUCUCCUGAUGGUACUACAUUAGCAUCUGGUAGUUUAGAUGAUUCUAUCCGUUUAUGGGAUGUUAAGACAGGAUAAUAAAAAGCCAAAUUAGAUGGCAAUUCAUCAGCAGUUUAUUCAAUUUAUUAUUCUCCUAAAGGAAAUACAUUAGCUUCUAGGUGUUCUGAUAACUCUAUCCGUCUCUGGAAUGUAAAAAAAUUAAAGAAAAUACUCCAAUCAUAUAGGGGAUACAAAGAGCUGCUUACCUAGUUUAAAAUACCUCUUCAGAAUAGCUCCUUAUUGCCAUUUGGUAUUUAUUGUUAAUUAUUAUUUAGUUAAUCAUGAUCGUACAAUACUUAGAAUAUGUUAGAAUCCUUUGUUAGAAGCAUCAGGAACACUUAUCUUAUAAGGACAAUUUAUUAAUCAUUAAGGGAAAGAUUUAAAGCCUUUGUUUAAAUCCAAAGGAUGUUGCUUUUUAGAAGACCUAAAGCAAUAGAAGUGUAUUUGA